UGUGUGUGGUGGGAGGAGGCAGCGGUGCAGACCAGCUUCCACCCGAUGGUCUUUUUUUAAACCUUCAACGCCGGGCGAGAAAUACAUAUCUAAACAUGGACCAGUAUAACGAGUAUUCCUAAGAAAUGUGCCAGUAUUAGUUAUUUGUCUACCCAUAUCAGUAGCUAACGGUUUCACUAUGCCCGAUGGACAGUGUUCUUUGAAGCUUUGCAGUUCCUGAUGCAGGCUUAUUUUUUUCGAUCUGGAAAUUUCUUGACGGGAAACCAAGAUUGGGCAGCUUGGCUAGCUAUCCCAGUAUUACCCUUUUCGCUGCAUCCCCGACUCAAAUGUUGCGGGUUAUGUCGUUGCAUUGAUUUUGCAUGACUAUAUGAUCUACUUUUAGCAUGUCAAUUUAAGUAUUUUUUUAUUCAAACAGUAUAUUUUAUGGGAUUAGCGGUAAAUCAGAAACAAAUAUGGUGAAUUGGGGGCGGCUGCUGCGGGUAUCGAACCGCUCCUUUUUGGCCUUAAUUUUUUUCUUCUCCAUGUCUACGACGUGUCUCUACUUCAUAUAUGUUGCUCCUGGAAUAGCCAACACCUACUUCUUCAUGGUGCAGGCCCAGGGUAUCAUGUUGAGGGAUAACGUGAGGACCAUUGGCCAGAUGAUCAGACUCUACACCAAUAAGAACAGUACCCUCAACGGCACAGAUUACCCAGAUGGCAGUAACUCCAGUGAAUAUAUGGUUCAACCAACCACAUACCUUCCUGAGAACUUCACAUACGCCCAGAACCUCCCCUGCCCAGAACGCUUACCUUCUAUGAAGGGUCCUAUAGAUGUGAAUAUGACUGAGAUUCCUAUGGCGGAGAUAGAUCUGAAGUUCUCUAAGUAUCUGGAUGUUCAGUUUGGUGGCCACUGGAAACCCAAGGACUGCAAACCACGCUGGAAGGUAGCCAUCUUGAUCCCGUUCCGUAACCGCCACGAGCACCUUCCCAUCCUUUUCCAACACCUCACCCCCAUACUGCAGAGACAGAGACUGCAGUUCGCAUACUACGUCAUCGAGCAGUCUGGGACGCAGCCCUUCAACAGAGCCAUGUUGUUUAAUGUGGGUUUCCUGGAGGCCAUGAAGGAUCUGGACUGGGACUGUCUGGUGUUCCACGAUGUUGACCACAUCCCAGAGAACGACCGUAACUACUACGGCUGUGGUCAGAUGCCUCGCCACUUCGCAGCCAAACUGGACAAGUACAUGUACCUACUACCCUACAGUGAGUUCUUCGGGGGCGUGAGUGGACUUACAGUGGAGCAGUUCCGCAAGAUCAACGGCUUUCCCAAUGCAUUCUGGGGCUGGGGAGGAGAGGACGAUGACCUCUGGAACAGAGUGCACUAUGCUGGUCUGAACGUCACGAGGCCGGAGGGAGAGAUGGGUAAAUACAAGUCCAUCCCACACCACCACCGAGGAGAAGUGCAGUUCCUCGGCAGGUACAAGUUACUGAGGUAUUCCAAAGAGAGGCAGCACCUGGAUGGACUGAACAACCUCAACUACACCCCUGAGAUCUCCCUGAGCUCCCUGUACAAGAACAUCACCGUGGACCUCCACCCUGACCUGGCCCCCAUUACAGACUACUGAACUCUGACCCCCACUGUCCCUGACCUCGUCACACCCCCUCACACUCCAACUGGGACCCCAAAGCAGGGCAGAGGGGGGCUGGGGGUGUGGUGGGAGGCACACCGGGUAACGCUGCCAAGAAACCUUACUCUGAAGAAAAUGUCCGGAAGGGACAUAGGGUCUGUUUAAUCGAACAAUUGUGUGUGUGUUCUGUGAGGAUUGUGGAUGUUGAGAUGGGGUGUGUGUGUGUGUGUGUGUGUGUGUGUGUGUGUGUGUGUGUGUCUCUGUCUCUGUCUCUGCAUGUCAAUGUGUCCAUGCUGGCUUUAGCUAUUAAGCUACUUAACAUCAACAUGUCAUGAUUCAGUAUGAGGAGGGAGAGGCAGUGUUGUUUUCACAUCAGAUGUUUACUGCAAAGCCUUAACGUGUCAGGCUCAGCCUCAGAACCAUGGCUCUCUGGUUGCCUCCCAAACCACACCCUAUUCCCUAUAUAUUGUCCAGGGUCCUUAGUGCUCUGGUCAAAAGUAGUGCACUAUAUAGGGAAAAAGGUGCCAUUUGGGACUUUGCCUUUAUCUCACAGCUCAGCACAGUUUUCACUUUUAACGUCUCAGUACCAUCACCUUACAAGCCAACAGACAUUUUGUGUCUUCACUUUAUAUCAUUUUUACACCGUUCGUUUAAAAAAAACAAAAAAAAACAUAUUCCAUAAAGAGGACAGGCGCUAAGUGAAGGUGACUUUUUUGUGAUGUACAUUUUCUAAUAUGGUCAAAUGUUUUUUUCCUUCAUUUUUUCCUCUUUUUUUUACGGACGUUUUAAAGCACUAUCCUGUUUCUCUGUCACAUGAGUGUUUUACUGUUCCUUUGCUGCACUGCUGACACGCAUGAUGCACAGAGCACGUAUGUAAAUACUUGACUCUUAAAGCUCGAGCAUAGAACACGUAUGUAAAUAUUCAGCCUUUUAAACGCUCAGAGCCUGUUAGUUAUUAUUCCAGUGGAUUUGAAUUUUGUUUUGGCAGCUACCUUCCUGAGGACUUACCUGGUUCUUCCAUUUAAAUGGGAAGAUGUUCUAACAAUAGAUGGCUUAAAAAAGAAAAAAUAUAUCAAUCUCUUAGGCUGACAUUCUUUUGCAUGCCUUAAUUUAUUUUAUUACAAGAUGUUUUUUUCCUUUAAUUGUAAUUUAUAUCAUUUUGAGAUGUUUAUAUUUUGUUCCAGUUUAGCCUUUUGUGUCUUUUUAUUCCCUCAGUGCACUGCGUGAAAAGACUAACUGACAUUAUGGAGUGUGCUCCUGUACAGAAAGACGGGUCAGAGGACUAUAGUAGCUCUGGUCCAAGGUGUUAUGUCAGGCUUGCUGAGUCUUCAACAGCAAGCUACCCGCAACAACCUGGAGCAGAGCUUAAGACUUAAGAUUCUAAAGCUGGAUGUCAUUUUUCCUCUGGUAUUUGUAGUCUGUUAUUAUGGAGGAGUUUAUACAGUGCGGACAGUGUGUUUGGUACAGGAUUAUGUUUCAAACGUGCGUGUGUGUGUGUGGCUCAUGUAUUAGGUAACUGGACCAUGUGUUUGAGCAUAUGUUAGGUGUCUUUUAAUGAAUGUGAGCUUGCAGAUUGGGCAGUGUGUGUGUGUGUGUCUGAACCAAUUAUUUAUAUAUAUACACUAGAUGACAGGCGCUGUUUUGAAGCCACCACCCCUCCAUCUUGGCACUUCCCCUACAUCGCAAAACUUAUUUUUUUAAGCUGUAGAAAGGCAUUUAUGUUUAGCUCACAAUUUAAAAGUAUGCAUUAAGUGUGUAAUAGAGUAAACAUACAAAUAAUUUGUUUUCCUUAAAGUAUACUUUAUUGAAAGUUCUAAUGCUACUGUCCCCAUUACAACAAAAAAUACUUGUAAUUUUGUCCUUGAACCAUUUUAAUUGAAAUAUUGUAGAAUUUCAUUCAUUCCUAUGGAGGACUGCUUCUUCUGUGGAGUGCCAAUAUUGCUGACCGGUGGCUUCAAAGCCUCUUACUGGCCAAUAGCAUUAGCAAUCCAGGGUUUGUAUACAUUAUUGGUCUGAACUGUGGUGUGUUCCUAAUAAGCUUGCAAGGCAUUGAGAGGGGCCAGAAUGAGAGAACAGCAGCUAAUGCUAACAGCUAGCCCUGUUCUUGAAUGGCACAGACUGCAACUUGGGCCAUAAAGACUUGAAAUCCUUACAUUUUUAGCACUACUAAGAUUAGCAAGGAAAAAUGUAGGAGGUAUUUUAUUUUUUACCUGUUAGCGUUUUUUUCUUGUACAUAGUUGUUUCUCAUACACUUCAUAUUUAUGCAUAGAUUUACUUUUAGCUGUGUUUUUCUAGUGAUUUGUUCAUUUGUCAAAUGUACUUCUCAAGUAGAACUGCUCUAUCCAAACAACCCAGGUUUUCUCCAUCACAGUACUGCAAGAAUGCAGGAGAACGAGAGUGUGAAUCAAACUGGGAUACUCCUGUCCUGCUCCAAACAUGGGGUUUGUUGGAAAUGGCACCCUGUGUCCUAUAGUGCACUACUUUUGACUGGACUCCUAUGCGUCCUGGUAAAAAGAAGUAAACUAUACAGGGAGUAGGGUGUCAUUUGGGACUCUGUCCUGUCACUCUUGUAGUGCUGGGGAGGAACAGUCAUUUUUGCUCAUAAGCUAAAGUGGUUAACAAAGCACCAGGCUAAAGUCUGUGUUUGGUUUGGCUCCGACGUGGCUACAACGGUCACAUAAGACCUCAAUGGUGUAUUUCUGAUCAAUCAGAUGAGGCGAGACAGAAUAUAAAAAGACAUGGUAGUAAUGACAUUCUUUUGGAGGUGGUCAACUGUGCCAAAGUUCCACUUCUGAUACCCAUCGUCAUCAUUCUACCUACCUCUCUUCUGCACUUAUCUCUACUCGUCUUUCCUUCCUUUUCAUUCUACUCCCAUGAGAUCCUCUAUGGUGUCUCAGUAACUCGUCAGUGUUGAGAGAAACCUGACAGACUAGUGUUGAUCAUAGGGAUCAGGGUUGAGGUAUUAAGAGCCAUAUAUCUAGGAAAUACUGUAUACAACGUAUAUCUCUGUAUAUGGCUCUGGGUAUUCGGGGUAUAGGUCAGUGUUGGGGGCUUCUCUUGUGCUAUGCCUUAUGCUCCGUAACAGAUUUUUGCAUAGGUGGAUAAAUGCUCUCGUUGUUUUUAUACGUUGCAGAAGAUGUGAGCAGCCUAGCUGUCGUCCCUCUUGAGGGCAUUAUGAGUUACUGUAGCAGAGACACUGAGUCAGUGGCUUCUUUCUCUGGAUCCCGUCAUCUUACUUGCUACAAAGGAUCCGCUUCUUUUUAUCUAAUCCUGUUAUAUUGUGUCUCUCACUCUGUUCAGGGAACAGUUUGAAGAGAUUAAUUAUGGAAAGCAUCCAUCACUGGAGCUGGUCUAGGAUCAGUAUUCUGGCUGUGUACACCCUCUGUUGUACAUAUUUAUUGUUAUUGCCUCUGAGGGGAGUGGGGGGAGGGAAGGGUAGGUUAGGGAGCUGCCGAGCAGUGUGCUGGCUACACCCGGUCACAAGUGGUUUGGUUUACACCCCCAGCCUACCUGUGAGGAGGGCAAGGACCCCCCCUCACCCUUCCUACUUCCUCUGUAUUUUUUUUUUUUUUUUUUUUCAAAUGACUAUAUUCACCACUACACAAUUAGUAAUGUGGACAAUUACAUUUUUGCAGUAUUCAUAUUUGUGCCUUUUCUUUUUUUUCUCGGUUUUCACUUUGCAUUCUUGCUUGAAAGAUACAGUAAAAGUUUGGAUUGUUUUUGAACUGAAGUUAGAGUGCACUUUUUUAUUUUUUAUUCAGUCUGGAGCUCUGAUUAAGACGCACAAUACAUUUCCAUGACAAUGGGCUGAGUAGGUGUGUAUCAAUGAUUGUCUGUAAUCAAUUUUUCUGCUGUUCAGAGGUCUGGCUGCUUAGACCAUGUACAAUCCUCAGCUCUCCAGUCUCCUCAAUAUGCUCUGUUCUGUUUGAACAAAGAGUCAUAACUGGAGCCAGAGGGCAGACUCUCGCGUUACUACCGUCCGCCAGGAAGUGCAGGAUGACGCAGAGGAAGUAGUGACUUUUUUAAAUUGCAGUCUGUCGGAUUCGUGUCAUCUGGUCUACAAAUCAUAAAUUCUCAUUUGAGGUCAGGCAUAUUCAUUUCGACUUUGUGGGUUUGUAAUUUUUAGAUUGUUCGGAGGAUACAUUUGUGAAAAUAUAAAUAAAGACCUUAAUUCGUUGUAGCGCCUACUCAUGCGCCACACACCUUCUCGCAGUUCUGUCUUGUUCUGCAAUUUCUUUGCCUCUAGUCAUGUGCUAUAAUUCCCCCCAGACAUCAGACAACUUUUUACAUGGUGAAGCCGACCGGUUAGCCAUCUUGUCAAUCUUCCACAAUCUUUGGUAUAACAGCCAGUAAAAGAGUACUAGAGUUGAACUGUUAGACUUUGUAAAGUUGUUUUUCUUUUUGUCAACAAAAGAUGAAUAAACAACUUAAUUGACAGGU